AUGGCGUCGCACUGUUCGCAGGCAACGCCCCUGGUGACGGGUGUCCUUUCCGCGCCGCUCCGAGCCUCUCGCGUGGCCCUACUUCCGUCCGCGCGCCCCUUCCCGGCUUUCUCCCGUCCGUGUGGGCCCCUCAGGACAGUCGAUGCUCCGCUUGCGCGCCGAGCCGUUGCAAUUCGGGCAGGGAGAGCCGUCGGAUCCAACGACGCGUCCCCCCGAGCCGUUAGAUCCCAUAAAUCUGACGUGGCGGCCCCCCGUGAAUCUUCUCCGCGCGCCGCUGUUGGCGUUGACUGCGGUGACGUGGCGUCCGCCAGUCACGCAUCGCCUCGUGGCCGCAUUGUUUUUGCGUUCGCCGGCGCGUUGGUCGCGAUUCAUCUGGCCGCCGCCGCGAGUCCUCUCGAGGCAGUCGCCGCCGCUUUCAACGCCGCCCACCCAUGGGUGGAAGCAGCGGAGCAGUCGCCAUAUGCACGCGCGCAGGAGGACCAGGCUCAACUGCUAUGGCAGGGGGUGCCUGCGAUGUGCUGUGCUGUUUGCGUGCUGCCACAGCCAG